AUGUACGUGAGCUACCUCCUAGACAAGGACGUGAGCAUGUACCCCAGCUCCGUGCGCCACUCUGGCAGCCUCAACCUGGCCCCGCAGAACUUCGUCAGUCCCCCGCAGUACCCGGACUACGGCGGCUAUCAUGUGGCGGCUGCGGCGGCCGCGGCCGCGAACUUGGACAGCGCACAGUCCUCGGGGCCGUCCUGGCCCGCCGCCUACGGCGCCCCGCUCCGCGAGGACUGGAACGGCUACGCGCCGGGGGGUGCAGCGGCCAACGCCGUGGCGCACGGCCUCAACGGGGGCUCUCCGGCCGCCGCCAUGGGCUACAGCAGCCCCGCCGACUACCACCCGCACCACCACCCGCACCACCACCCGCACCACCCGGCCGCCGCGCCUUCCUGUGCCUCGGGGUUGCUGCAGACGCUCAACCCCGGCCCUCCAGGGCCCGCCGCCACCGCCGCCGCCGAGCAGCUGUCCCCCGGCGGCCAGCGGCGGAACCUGUGCGAGUGGAUGCGGAAGCCCGCGCAGCCGUCCCUCGGAAGCCAAGUGAAAACCAGGACGAAAGACAAAUACCGAGUUGUGUACACGGACCACCAGCGGCUGGAGCUGGAGAAGGAGUUUCACUACAGUCGCUACAUCACCAUCCGGAGGAAGGCUGAGCUGGCUGCCACGCUGGGGCUCUCCGAGAGGCAGGUUAAAAUUUGGUUUCAGAACCGCAGAGCGAAGGAAAGGAAAAUCAACAAGAAGAAGUUGCAGCAGCAGCAGCAACAGCAGCAGCAGCCGCAGCAGCCACAGCAGCCGCCGCCUGCACCACAGCCUGCCCAGCCGCAGCCAGGUCCUCUGAGAAGUGUCCCGGAGCCCCUGAGUCCUGUGUCUUCCCUCCAAGGCUCGGUGCCUGGCUCUGUCCCUGGGGUUCUGGGGCCAACCGGGGGGGUGUUAAACCCCACUGUCACCCAGUGA